AUGGCUGCACUGGCGUUGCCCGGAGCUGUUCUGGCGCAGACCUGGAGCCAGUGCAACCCGCUGACAUCCUCGGGAUGUCCUGCGGACACGGCACUGGGCAUGACUAUCAAUGUGGACUUUACCAAGGGCGCCGUCAACUCCUUUGUUGCUUCUGGCUCGCCAACGUAUGACAGCAACGGCGUCUCAUUUACCGUGGCGCGCGGCGGUGACGCUCCACAGCUCGCGUCCGUGUUUUACAUCAUGUUUGGCCGCGUCGAGGUGACGAUGAAGGCUGCCCCUGGGGCCGGCAUGGUCUCGUCAUUGGUGUUGCAGUCCGAUGAUCUCGAUGAGAUUGAUCUGGAGUGUCUCGGUGCCGAGCCAGAUCAGGUGCAGUCCAACUACUUUGGCAAGGGCCAGACGACCACGUACAACCGCGGACAGUUCCACAGCGUCUCGGGUACCCAAACAGAAUGGAUCAAGUACACCAUGGACUGGACCCAGGACAGGAUCAUCUGGAUGGCGGGCGACUCUGUGCUGCGCACCCUGACCCCGGCUGAUGCUGAGGCGAAUCAGUAUCCGCAGACUCCGAUGCAGGUCAAGUUUGGUUCCUGGGCCGGAGGCGAUCCGAACACCAAUGCUCCCGGCACUGUGAAAUGGGCCAUGGGGCCGAUUGAUUACAGCAAGGGGCCCUUUAGCAUGAUGGUGCAGAGCAUCACCGUCUCAGAUUACUCUACCGGCAAGCAGUAUGUCUAUGGCGACAAGUCUGGCUCGUGGCAGUCGAUUCAAGCCGUCGGUGGCCAGGUCAACGGCAACACCGGCAACAAGAAUGUUCUCACCGUCACGGCUAGCAAUAGCAAUGCCGCCAGCACUCCGACGAUCGUCCUGUCCAUUCCCGUUGGUGGCAUCGGCACGGACAAGAGCCCGGCUACAGCCACACAGACUGGCUGGCCGUGGGUUGCAGGCGCCACUCCAACGUCUGGAACCAUACCCAGCGGUUGGCAUAUGAACCCUGACGGCAAGAUUGCGCGUGAUAAUGGCGCGGCGUCGGCGGGCGUGCCUGUGCAGACGCUGUUGGUGCUUUUGAUGAGCCACUUGAUGAUUGGCGCGUUGGCCUUUGCUGCAAGAUUAUAA